GGACUUUUGCUGGCUUUUAGUUAGCAGCAAGCUAACAGUAGUAUCAUUAGCGACAGAUAAACGUCACUUCUGCGGUUCUAUUCGUUUUAUUCUAUUAUCUAAAGUUUGACAAUUGAUUCCUGCCAAAAGUACCGGCGCUUCAAACAGUUUCGCAUUAUUUUUAAAUAACAGUAAUUACGAAGAAAAAAAAGAAUACUAAUUUAAUUGCAUUACGAUGUACGAUCGCAUUUUGCCCUAAUCUGACCACGAAAAUAUUGUCGCGUCGUUAGUGGUGCCUCGGGGAAUAAGAAAAAAAGAAUAAAUAAAAAAAGAAAAGGCUCGACGAUGAGAUACAUAUUCAUUUUGACGAUUGUCGUGCAACCUAGGUUUCUCGCGGAUCUAAUGAAAUUAGUGUAAGGAGAACAUGCAGUUGUUUCUUAUAUCGAUGAUCACCACCACCACCGUUGUCGUCUUCAAGACACUAUCGUCCACUACUCAUGGCAACCUAGCCGAGUACGCAGGGAAAUUGGAUAAUCUAGACGAAUAAUGAGAAUCAACGCGACGAAGAUGAGCACUCCGAUUGAGGAGAAGAUUGAUCAGAAGCUCAAGGUAAGGAGGGGAAUGGUAACUGUUAGUGAUGGGAAAAGCAAACCGGUUCCUAUGCGUUUGUAUCUGUCCAUGGAAGUAUUGAAACUUCAAAGAGAAGAUUUAGAGCAGGUAGCAAAUCAUAAUAAGCCACCAUUAGAUGCUAAGGAACGCAUGGUCCAAAUUACUAGACAAAAAGUUGGAGGAUUGGGAUUAAGUAUAAAAGGAGGAGCUGAACAUAAACUUCCAGUACUCAUAUCUAGAAUUUAUAAAGGUCAGGCUGCUGACCAGUGUGGCCAAUUAUUUGUAGGUGAUGCCAUUAUUAAAGUGAAUGGAGAAUAUAUUACAGCUUGUAAUCAUGAUGAUGCUGUUAAUAUCUUAAGGAAUGCUGGAGAUAUAGUUGUUUUAACUGUCAAACAUUAUCGUGCUGCAAAACCAUUUCUACAAAAAAAUGAAAAAGAAGAAAAAUUAGAUAAUGUUGCAAAUGGAAGUGCAGAUGAUGGUUGGGUAUCGCCAAAUAGACAAGCUGGUAGUCCUAGAUGUGGUCAUAGUAGACAAAGUUCAAAUGCAUCGUCUGCUUCAAUGCAAUACAAAAGAUGGGUGGAUGUUAUUACAGUCCCAUUAAUGAUGGCAUAUGUAACGAGAUAUAUCUUUGGCACUGAUAAAUUACGAAGAAAUGCAUUUGAAGUUAGAGGCCUUAAUGGUGCACGUACUGGUGUGAUACAUUGCGACGACAGUGCUAUUUUGAGUCAAUGGUUAAAAUAUAUAACUGAUAAUAUUACAGGCUUAACACAUUUACAGAUGAAGUUGUACAAUCGAAAUUUUGGACCAGGUGAACGUAUAGAAUACAUGGGUUGGGUAAAUGAAGCAGUAAGCAAUAGUAAUCAGCCAUGGCAAAGUUAUAGGCCAAGGUUUUUAGCUUUGAAAGGGCCUGAUUUGUUAUUAUUUGAAACACCACCUUGUAAUAUAGGUGACUGGUCACGAUGUGCAUUAACGUUUAAAGUAUAUCAGACUAUGUUUCGCGUAAUGAGAGAGUCGGAAAAUGUAGAUGAAAGACAACACUGCUUCUUGGCACAAAGUCCGGGUAAACCACCAAGAUAUUUGAGCGUCGAAACUCGACAAGAAUUAUUAAGAGUUGAAGCUGCAUGGCAUACUGCUGUAUGUUCAGCUGUAACACAUUUAAAAAGUAAAACCUUUCCUGUCACAUUUAAUAGCAGAAGUGCAGGUUUAACAUUAGAAUGGACUCAGGGAUUCACUCUUUCUUAUGAAGGAAUUGGAGAAAUCGUUUGGCGUUACAAAUUUUCUCAAUUGAGAGGAUCUAGCGAUGAUAGCAAAAGCAGGCUUAAAUUGCACUUCCAAGAACCUGACAGUAUUGCUAUAGAGACAAAGGAAUUGGAGUGCUCUCAGCUACAGAAUCUAUUAUUCUGUAUGCAUGCAUUUCUUACUGCAAAAGUUGCUGCAGUUGAUCCGACAUUUUUAACAUCGACAACUCCAUAAAAGAUAUUCCAACGUUACUAGUGAUAAUUUUCAAAGAGAAUUACAUUUCUCUUUUGUUAUUGUUAUGCGAAUACAUGAAGUGAUUCACAGUCAAUCGAUCAGAGAGAUAUGUCAAAUACUAGUCAGUAUUUCCAAAAAUAUUUCUAUUUAUAAAAUUACAAAACAUUGUUAUAAAUUUUCUAAUUAUAUUUGUUGAUUUAUAAUGAAAAUUUUGAAUAACUUUUGAAAUGAAUUUUAUAAUGUGCAAUUUCUCUUUAUUGUUUUUUAUUUUUGGAUAUAUUUUUAUUACUUCUGUGAGGUAAAUUAAAAAGUUUAAUUAUAACAUUGAUUUUACGUUUAUGUAAAAUAUUAAUUGCUAUACAUUUUACCAAGUUGACCAGAUCAAUAAAUGUCUAAAAAUAAAGUAUUAAAUGUAUGCAAGUGAUCAUUACACAACUGCUUUAAAUAUACGAGCGAUUUAUGAUAUCAAGUAAUGUUUUGCUUCAAAAUUUUUUUAAUAAUUAUAUUAAAUUGAUUUCUAUAUACCUUUAAAGAAAAAGACGUAUCUCGGUAUUCCGUAGAUGUAUAAUAAAUUCAAUUUAAUAGUAUAAUAAAUAUAGCCGUUCAUGAUUUUUAAGUUACAACAGAUGAAAAAUAUGUGGUGACAUAUUUCUAGCCAAAUGUUACAAUGUUUUUGAAUUAAAUAUGUACCAUAUAUGUGUGUCCGGUGCCUUAAAAACCAUGAACAAUUAAUAAUUACAUUCAAGAGAGCAUUGAAACCACAUAGUUCCUUAGUACAGAAUAUUUUACAUACAUGUAUAUGUAAAAUGCCAAGUAACUAUGUUGCAUUUAAUAAUUACAAAAUAUUUGAUUUUCGUUCUAAGUUUUACAAAUGAUUUAAUGCUUCGUUCUUUUUAAAUCAGUAUUGCUCGAUUAAUAAACGUAAUAUACUAACAGGAUAAAUACAUGCCAAUAGCAAUAAGUACUAAUAUAUCAUUCGACCAUGGUAGCUAUAUAAAAUAUUAUUUACUGAUAUAAUGUUGAGCAAGAAAAAAGCGAGUAGUAUAUAAAAGAGUGGAUUUAUUGAUAUUACAUACUGAAGUAUUAAUGUAUAAUAUUAUUAUACUUAAGAAAGGAUUAGGGCUAGAGAGUAAAAAUUUACUUUUCUUAGUGAAUAAACAAUUUUUAUAUAA